AAUUGUUAACAAUUAAAUAUACUUAUAUAUAUUUUUAGGUUGUAUAUGUUCAGGAACGAAUUGUGCGUCGCACAUCACACCUAAUCUAUCAAUUCUUAGAAUACUGGGUUCGAAAGUCCAAUGGUGCAGCAAUGUUACUAUGCCCGCAUACACAAUCCGAGUUUGGACACCAAGUGGUUGGAAGCCAUUUUCCAGACCAGAUGACAUGGUCGUUAGAUUUAGUGUAGAGGGUAAUGUCGGAAAAAUUAGAAUUCAGUGGAAAGUUGAUGGAUUUAAUGUUAUAUCACACUACAGCGGGAACCUAUUUUUAAUUACUGUAUCUUGUAAUGGUGGAAAUACAGAGCAAUGUUUUUUGGCACAAUCUGCAGGAAGGAUAAAAUAUAAUGAGAUAAAGCCGACUUUACAGACGACCAUGCGUGCCUCAGAAAUCUCAGCAAUGCAAUCAACGCAAACAGAAGCCCCUGCAAAAACAGUCAGUUUACUUUGGAUUGGUAGCAUAUCUGGUGCUGUUUUUUUUAUCAUAAUUCUAAUAAUCUUGGCAACGAUUAUAUGCAGGAGAAAAUCAUCUGACCGGGACACAAAAAAUACCCCCUUUAAUCAGGCACCACGAGCAAUUGUAACUCAAAGUGAACGCUCUCAGGCACGUCUACCUGGCGUCAUAUCGGCUUCAAGUAUGAGUAACCAAAAUCGACAUCCGCAUUUAUAUCCAAGACCAAUACCUUCACCAAGAAAAAGGGAACAAGAUCUGCCAUAUUAUAUCACUCCAAAUACCACAUCAGAUGGUGAUAUACCUCAUCUGUCGAAUCCAACUGAUGUUGUAUCAUCUCAGAAUGCAAAUAACCAAUAUGCGCAUGUCUAUUUAACUGCAACAAGACCAAUACCUUCUCCAAUAGAGCAGGAGGUCGACUCCACAUAUUACAUUACUCCAAUCAGUUCAUCAUAUGAUGAAUCAGACUUAUACUCAGUUAUCCAGAAUUAAGAAAAAAAAUGAUGAAGAUAUAGAUCAAUUUUUUAAUUUAUUAAUUUAUAAAUACAACAGCAUUGAAAUAAACAUAUUGUUUCAUAAAAUAUGUAAUUGACACGCACAAUUAUGGUUAUUGUAGCUUGAAUUUCCGUCUUAAGUGAUACCUCAAAUCGACUUGCUAUGUAAUUAACUAUUCUAAUAAAUGUAUUUAUUUUAAAAAUGAUAGAAUGAAAAUGUACAAAUAUAAAUAAGAAGAUUCCAGUAUCUCGUACUUUUCUACACAACAUAAAACUCUCUUCAAUGUGGGUUAUUUUUAAACACAUAAUUAUGUCUUAAACGAAUCAAGACUGACGCAAAUUACAUUAUGUUAGGUGCUUUUUCCCUUUAACUUGCAGAGGUAGCCAGCAUUAUUUUUUUUCAAUAUUUACAAGUAACUACUGACUUCUUCACAUGGCGUUUUGAUAAAAGAGAUUCGUUAUUAAGCUUUAUCAACAUUGUU